AUGGGCGAGACGUCAAGCGUGGCCUCUUUGUUUCGGGCAUCCGCUGGCAGUCGGAAGCGUCGAAGCGGGGAAGGUGGAAGUGGUGACAGCGAGAGGACAACGACACCUCGAUAUGGAAGAGGCCGAAAAAGAAAUGUGGCUGUGGAGCCGCUACCAAGCAACUAUACGGAGCUGCUGAUCUGUGGAUAUCUCGUGAAACUACCGCCAGAUAUCCAGCCAUAUACCACGCAACGAACGAUGAUUGCGAAAAUUCUUUUGAGCCUCAAAAACAUCCUCAAUGCCCUGAUCGAAAGCCCAACGGGCAGUGGCAAGACUCUGUGUCUGCUGUCAGCUAGCUGUGCAUGGCUUGAAAAGUACAAGGAAGAGCGCAAGCGGUCACGAGAUGAGUGCAAGUUUUGCUCGGGUAAUGCUCCGUCGAACGAACCAAAUCGAAGCAUACUUGGUGAUCUGAAUUCAGCUGAGUCCGAGGAUCUGGACAGUGCUCAUUCACCAGCCACAUACAGUCACGAACCACUUGCCACUUGUAAGGGUUAA